AUGCCCGUGGACCUGGCCGUGCGGCUCUGCCUCAGCCACUCGCCCCCCAUCCGCAAGCUGCUGAACUCCUACGAGGAGCUGCGGGGCAACCGGGGGUGCAAACCCCUCCGGUCGUGUCUCAACCAGAAGCUAAGCGCAGAACCCGAGCCCGAGCGGCGAGACAGCACCAAGAGCUCCAAGGGCCAGAAGAAGAAGAGGGUCGUGUUUGCUGACAUGAAGGGGCUCUCGCUGACGGCCGUCCGCUUCUUCUCAAAGAUCGAGGAAGACCUCUGUGACUUGCAGCACGCCCUGUCUGACCUUGCCCGCUUCCGACCUCGGCUGCGGAACUCACGCCCAGAAGCGUGCAGGUAUGUGAUGGACUUCCCACAGCCCUCUGCGGACUACAUGACUUUCCGCAGCCGCCUACACAGCAACCACGUCUGCCUGGAGAACUGCCUGAUCCAGGACCGUGCCCUGUCAGGGACGGUGAAGGUCAGAAACAUCGAGUACGAGAAGAAAGUGAUGGUCCGCAUCACCUUCGACGGCUGGAAGAGCUUCCGGGACGUCUCCUGCCAGUACAUGCACAGCACGUACGGCUCAGCCGACACAGACACCUUCUCCUUCGAGCUUGCCCUGCCCAAGCUCUCCGUCUCCUGCAGGGCCACAGAAUUCUGCAUCUCCUUCCAGUGCGGCCAGAAGACCCACUGGGACAACAACCAGGGGAGGAACUACAGGAUCUGCCACGUGGGCGUCAUCCGCCCUCCCUCCCAUGCCGUGAAGGGUGCCAGCGGGGCCUGGGAGCACCUGGGCACCUCGCGGGCUGCCACCCUGGUCCUUUCUCACCUGCAGACCUGGCGGCGCUCAGAGGCCCAGGCUCCUUAUUGGUAGGAAGGCGGGGUGGGGGGGGCGUA